GCUUGGGAGCCUGGCAGAGCCCGGCUGGCCAUGAAAGCCUUCGGAGCGGAGCACCGGCUCGGCAUUCGCCGGUUGGAUCAGCUGCAGCAGCGCGGGCCACCAUGAGCGGGUACGUUGGCGACCUCAGCGCCAAGCAGGAGGAGGCGCUGGCCAAGUUCCGUGAGAACAUCCAGGAUAUCCUUCCUCUGAUGCCUAUCACAGAGGACUACUUUCUCUUGAAAUGGCUCCGAGCUCGGUGUUUUGACUUGAAGAAGUCUGAAGCCAUGCUCCGGAAGCAUAUUGAAUGUCGGAAGCACAUGGAUGCAGAUCAUAUCAUGGAAUGGAAGGCCCCAGAGGUCAUUACAAAUUACAUGGCCGGGGGAAGAUGCGGUUUCGACCGUGAAGGCUGCCCCAUCUGGUACGAGAUCAUUGGACCUCUCGAUGCCAAAGGGAUCCUCUUCUCGGCUUCGAAACAAGAUUUGCUUAAAAAAAAGUUCCAGGACUGUGAGAUUUUACGGCAGCUGUGUGUGGAGCAGAGUGAGAAGCUGGGGAGGAGAAUUGAAACUGUCACAAUGAUUUACGAUUUUGAAGGGCUGGGCCUGAAGCAUCUCUGGAAGCCAGCUGUGGAUGCCUAUUCUGAGCUUCUUGCCAUGUUUGAAGAGAACUAUCCUGAGUCCCUUAAACAAAUCUACGUUAUAAAAGCUUCCAGGCUCUUCCCUGUGGCUUACAACCUGGUGAAGCACUUUCUGAGCGAAGAUACUCGCAAGAAGAUCGUGGUCUUAGGAGCUAACUGGAAGGAGGUUUUGCAAAAGCACAUCGACCCCUCACAGAUCCCCAUGGAAUAUGGGGGAACCCUCACAGACCCAGAUGGAGACCCCAAAUGCAAGACUAUGCUUAACCAUGGUGGAGAAGUCCCCAAGAAAUACUACGUGCGAGACCAACUGAAGCAGCAGUAUGAGCAUUCGGUGAUAGUGAAUCGGGGCUCCUCGCAGCAGCUGGAAUACGAAAUCCUCUUCCCGGGCUGCGUCCUGAGGUGGCAGUUCAUGUCGGACGGGGCCGAUAUAGGCUUUGGCGUCUACCUGAAGACCAAAGUUGGGGCGCGCCAGCAUGCCAGCGAAAUGGAGGAAGUGCAUCCCAACCAGCGCUACAACGCCCACAUGGUGCCCGAAGACGGCUCUAUCACCUGUGCGGAUCCAGGGAUCUACGUCCUGCGGUUUGACAACACGUACAGCUACAUCCACGCCAAGAAAAUCAGUUACUCAGUCGAAGUGCUACUUCCGGACAAGAAAGUGGAAGAAGACUUCCAGAAGGUGGAGGAGCAGAUGAAAGAGCUGAAGAUUAACCACGCCUGAUGGAGCUUUCUCUCCUCUCCACCCUGCAACCCCCCCCCCCAACAAAGGCGGCAAUCCUAAAAACGCUUCUUCCCCUUGGGAGGGCUGGGUUUAUGGGGCAGAGGAGUGGAAGGAACAUUCCCAAGGAUGGUGGGGGAAUUUUAUUUGGGGCAGUGGAGUGGAUUAUUUUUGCAGUUGGAUAUGGCGACCUACUGGUCUAUUCCAGUCCCUACUGUGGGACGUUGCCCACCACCAGCUUCUUUUUAGGGUAGUGGGGGUUGAUUUGGCAACGCUAAUGGGCAGAGGAGAGCUGCACUCUGUCUCUCAAGCUCUGUAGCCCUGCCUCCGUGUUUACAUGGCGCCUGAGACCCGGUGGGCCUAGUGAACCUUUUUUCCUUCCCUUGUGGGGCUGCAUUUCCUCAAGGCUAAUCGGUCACAGGCCACGGACCAGUGGUAGGCAGGGCUACCCCCGUUCUCUCCCCCCACCGCUUCUUUCUCUUCCUCCUCCCCCCGCUCCGGCUGCUGGGACCACAACAGAUCGCUCAUGCCAGAGGUCUGAACUGGUUGCGUGCAGGUGGCUUCUGAAAUUAGGCUGAGGGCCGCCUGUGGCCCUCAGAGCAGAAUUUCCCCACCCCUGCAGUAGGCAUAGGGCUGAAAGAGCAGGAGGAAGUUUCGGGACUCCUUGCCGGAUCAGACUGAGUGCCCUCCAGAUGCUUUGAACUACAACUCCCAUCAGCCCUGACCCAACACGUCUACAUUCCUUUAGUAAAGGAUUCCCCAAACUGGGGUCGCCAUCUGUUUUUGUUUUUUGGACUACAACUCCCAUCAUCCCUAGCCAGCUGGACCAGCGGUCAGGGUUGAUGGGAACUGUAGUCCACAAAAAACAGCUGAAGACCCUGCUCUGGUAUGUCUUUUACCAAAAUAACAAAUCCCUUUCUGGCUGUUAUAGAGUGAACCUGGAGCCCUCCAGAUGUUGCUGGACUACAACUCCCAUCAUUCCUGACCAUCGGCAGUGCUCCCAGAUGGGGCUGGUGGGUGCUGGGAAUCCAACAGCAUCUGCAGGGCCGCAGGUUAGCCACACCUGCUCUGUGGAUGUGUUUAAGCCUCCCUCCGCUUCCUUAAAAAGCCACCUUAGUUUACCGACCAUCACUGCCCUCUGCAGUGAAUUCCACAAGGGCACAAAGCCAUUCCUGGACCCAUCCGUCGGAAGCGGCUGCCACCAGCUGCGUACUGGAAGGCGUCGCUUUUCCACUCACCUCGUUCUGGCUGUUCCCAAGAACAGCAGGCACCUCUCAACCUCUGGCAAGGUUUCAGCAAAAAAUGUAUUUGGGGGGGGGGGGCAAGAUGUGGUGGCUCUCUCCACGCAAUGCUUGCUUCUAUUAAUGGAUUGCCUUAAAUCCACCUUAAAUCCACCUGUAACAGGUGAGGUGGGCAUGACAUUGGUCCUGAAUGCCUGCAUGACGUUGGUCCUGAAUAUCUGAAAAUCCUGCACAUUUUUUUAAAAAAGCAGUUUACAGGGUAGGUUCUCACCUCAGUUAGUUUUUUUGGGGGGGUCAGGGUUGUGGGGUCUAUGCUCAGCAAGUGGGUUUCAAGUUGUACCUGCCACACACUUUCAGAGAGGGAGGGAAAAGCUUAGGAAGAGGCCACUUCUUCCCUGCCUAUCUCUUUGCUUAUGAACAUCUCUGUCGAAAUUCUUGAGUGCGUGGUCAGCGCUGGGAAAACGGAGGCCCAAGGAAAUAAAACUUUCCCGAUGGACACAUUCACCAUUGGCUCGUAGCUAAACCCAAGUCUUGGCCAGAGUGUCCAGAAACAUAGCACUUUUGAUUCUCUCCCUCCCACCCCCACCUCAGUUACAGUUUUUCGGUUACCUUGAAGAUGAGAAAUGUUAAUAAACAUCUGAGUUGGUAUGCA